UGAGGCUGUGAAGGAGGAGGACACGUGUCUCUGCAGGACAGUUUCACCUCUGAGCUUCUUCACAUUUACAGGAACCAGACUCACGUAGAGGUGAAGGUGUGUGUGUGAGCUGAUGUGGACGUGAAUUCAGCAGAAUGGACCAGUGUGAGGACGGAGAGGACGGAGUCCCUCCCUCUAAAACCUCUCUGUGUGGGGAACAUGAGAGUCGGAGCAAAGCUCAGAGGAAUCAACCUGGACCUGGACCUGGACCUGGAUCUGGAUCUGGACCUGGACCUGGACCUGGACCUGGACCUGGACCUGGACCUGGACCUGGACCUGGACCUGGACCUGGACCUGGAUCUGGACCUGGACCUGGACCUGGACCCAGCUGUGUGUCCUUAAAGAGCAACAAGUCAAAGGACGUUGAUAUUAACUUAAGAGGAGACCAAGGUUCUGCUAUAAAGGGUGUCCAUCAGAAAAGAGACUCUCUGGAACACGAACCGAGCUGUUUGUCCUUGAAGAGCGACCGGUCAAAGGAUGAUUUUAUUGACUUUAAAGGAGACCAACAUUCUUCUUCAGAGAGAGUGGACCAGCAGAUCUCAGAGUCCCCCAGUGGUCCGUCUGUCCAUCAGCAUCAGACACAGCUGGACUCCGUCUUUCAGCUGCUGGAGAACAACAUUGUCCUGUUUGUGAAGGACGAGCUGAAGAAGAUCCAGAGGGUUCUGAGUCCAGAUUACCCAGAAUCCCUAGAGCAUGUGUUGCAGGGUGAGGAUGAAGAGCAGAGGAGCAGCAGAGAGGCGUUUGUGAAGAUCACAGUGAACUUCCUGAGGAGAAUGAAGCAGGAGGAGCUGGCUGAGUGUCUGCAGAGCAGGCAAAUUGCGGGCGCAAAUGCACGGCUGAAGUCUAAGCUGAAGAAGAAGUACCAGUGUGUGUUUGAGGGGAUUGUUAAAGCAGGAAACCCAACCCUUCUGGAGCAGAUCUACACGGAGCUCUACAUCACAGAGGGAGGGACUGGAGACGUCAACGAUGAACAUGAAGUCAGACAGAUUGAAGCAGUUUCCAGGAAACCAGACAGAGCAGAAACAACCAUCAGACAGGAAGACAUCUUUAAACUCCCACCUGGAAGAGAUGAACCAAUCAGAACAGUGAUGACGAAGGGAGUGGCCGGCAUCGGGAAAACAGUCCUAACACAGAAGUUCACUCUGGACUGGGCUGAAGGCAGAACCAACCAGGACAUCCAGUUCCUACUUCCAUUCACCUUCAGAGAGCUGAAUGUGCUGAAAGAGAGAAAGUUCAGCUUGGUGGAACUAGUUCAUCACUUCUUCAGUGAAACCAGAGAAAUCUGCAGCUUUGAAGAGUUCCAGGUCGUGUUCAUCUUUGACGGUCUGGAUGAGAGUCGACUUCCUCUGGACUUCCACAAUAAUGAGGUCCUGACUGAUGUUACAGAGUCCACCUCACUGGACGUGCUGCUGACAAACCUCAUCAGGGGGAACCUGCUUCCUUCUGCUCGUCUCUGGAUCACCACACGACCCGCAGCAGCCAAUCAGAUCCCUCCUGAGUGUGUCUCCAUGGUGACGGAGGUCAGAGGGUUCUCUAACCCACAGAAGGAGGAAUACUUCAGGAAGAGGUUCAGAGAAGAGCAGCAGACCAGCAGGAUCAUCUCCCACAUCAAGACAUCACGGAGCCUCCACAUCAUGUGCCACAUCCCAGUCUUCUGCUGGAUCACUGCUACGGUCCUGGAGAACGUCCUGGAGAACGUCCUGGAAACCAGAGAGGGGGGGGAGCUGCCCAAGACCCUGACUGAGAUGUACAUCCACUUCCUGGUGGUCCAGGCCAAACUGAAGAAGGUCAAGUAUGACGGAGGCGCCGAGACGGAUCCACACUGGAGUCCAGAGAGCAGGAAGAUGAUUAAGUCUCUGGGAAAACUGGCUUUUGAGCAGCUGCAGAAAGGAAACCUGAUCUUCUAUGAACCAGACCUGAGAGAGUGUGACAUCAACGUCAGAGAGGCUUCAGUGUACUCAGGAGUGUUCACCCAGAUCUUUAGAGAGGAGAGCAGCCUGUACCAGGACCAGGUCUUCUGCUUCAUCCAUCUGAGUGUCCAGGAGUUUCUGGCUGCUCUUCAUGUCCAUCAGACCUUCAUCAAGUCUGGAGUCAACCUGCUGGAGGAACAAAGAAACACCUCCAUGUGGUUUAAAAAAAGAGCAGAGACUGACCUCUAUCAGACAGCUGUGGACAAGGCCUUACAGAGUCCAAACGGACAUCUGGACUUGUUCCUGCGCUUCCUCCUGGGUCUUUCACUGGAGACCAAUCAGACUCUCCUACGAGGUCUGAUGACAUCAAACCAAAGAAGAUCACAGAACAAUCAGGAAACCAUCAAAUACAUCAAGAAGAAGAUCAGUGAGGAUCUGUCUGCAGAGAGAAGCAUCAACCUGUUCCACUGUCUGAAUGAACUGAACGAUGGUUCUCUGGUGGAGGACGUCCAACGGUCCCUGAGGUCUGGACGUCUCUCCACAGAUAAACUGUCUCCUGCUCAGUGGUCGGCUCUGGUCUUCAUCUUACUGUCAUCAGGAGAUCUGGAGGUGUUUGACCUGAAGAAGUUCUCAGCUUCAGAGCAGGUUCUACGGAGGCUGCUGCCGGUGGUCAAAGCCUCCAAGAAAGCUGUGUUGAGUGGAUGUAACCUCUCAGGGAACAUCUGUCCACUUCUGUCCUCAGUUCUCAGCUCUCAGUCCUCCAGUCUGACAGAACUGGACCUGAGUAACAACGACCUGCAGGAUUCUGGACUGGAGCAGCUGUGUCCUGGACUGGAGAGUCCACACUGUCACCUGGAGUCACUCAGGCUGUCAGGCUGUCUGAUCUCAGAGGAAGGAAGUUCUUCUCUGGUCUCAGCUCUGACCUCCAACCCCUCCCACCUGAGAGAGCUGGACCUGAGCUACAACCAUCCAGGAGAGUCAGCAGGGAAGCUUCUGUCUAGACUGAAGGAUCCCCGCUGGAGACUGGACACUCCCAGGGUGGAGCCUGCUGGGCAACGAUUUCUUACACCAGGUCCGUGGAAGUAUUCUUGUCACCUCACCAUCGACACAAACACAGUAAACAACUACAUCAAACUGUCUGACAACAACAGGAAGAUGAUUGGUGUGGAUGAGGAUCAGUCAUAUCCUGAUCAUCCAGACAGGUUUGAUGUCUAUCAUCAGCUGCUGUGUAGAGAAGUUCUGACGGGUCGCUGUUACUGGGAGGUCCAGAGGAGAGGAUAUGUUUCCGUAGCAGUGAGUUACAGAAGAAUCAGAAGGAAAGGAAGCUCUCGUGACUUUGUGUUUGGAAGGAACGAUCAUUCCUGGAGUCUGAACUGUUCUGGUGACGGUCUGUACCGUGUCUGGCACAAUAACAGAGAAACAUCUUCCUCCUCCUCUUCCUCACUCUCUUACAGACUAGCAGUGUCUGUGGACGUUCCUGCUGGAACUCUGUCCUUCUACAGCAUCUCCUCUGACAGACUGAUCCACCUCUACACCUUCAACACCACAUUCACUGAACCUCUCUAUCCUGGGUUCGGGUUUGGGUUCGGGUUCGGUUCUGGUUCUUCAGUGUCUCUGUUUUGAGUUCAGUCUCCAGAGUCUCCUCCUGUCAGAGAAACUGUCUCUGUUGGACAGAUAGUUGAGUCUGUACAUGUACUGUUUCCACCAGAACACCUGAAUGGUGAAACUGUUCUGAAUGAUUCCUUGGAAACUUCUUCCUCUUCCGGUCCUCUAAAGGUGGAAGCUGCCGUUAUUCCAGGAUCCACAUGUUGUUCUUCUGUUUGUUUCCAGUCAGAGCUUCACGGUGAACAGCAACAUGUUGUUUCUCUGCAGCUCAGUUCAGCUCAGAUCAUUCAGUUCAUGUCAGCUGCAGGUAGUUUGCUGCACAUGUGACCAACUGUGAUGUCAGAGAGGAAUCACUGAGCUGCAAUCAGCCCAGAUGAAGUUACAACCUGCUGACAGAUCUGAGCACAAGGUUGCUGUGCAGCCAGGGUUCAUCGUGGUCUUUAUUCACACCACUUCCUGUUCCAGCCAUGACGUCACUACUGGACUGUCAGGUCUCUGUCAUGGUAAAGUGUUUGUUUGUAUGUGAGCUCUCACCAAGAUGAAUAAGAAGAUCCCUCCAUCAUCUAGAAUUGCUUCUUCAUGUUCAGGGUCCCGGGGGUCGGCCUGGUUGAUUUUAAAUGUACUACGAUGAUUUUUAUGUACAUUUGUCAGUAGAAGGAGAAAUCAACAACUAAUGUGCUUCUACAGUUCCUAGACUGUAGUAGAACUGGACGACCCCUCCGUGACGUCACCUGUAACGUUGUUUUCAGCUCUCAUUUUCUCACCUAAUGAUUCAGUGAGUCAAGAAAACUGUUUGGAAAUAAGAUGUUUUUAUUGCAACCACAGAUUUUAUGCUCCAUCGUCCACUCGAUCACAUUUGUACCAAAUCUGUAUUUCUGUAGAUACCAAAUAUGAUCAGCUGUUUUCCUCAAUCAAAAGCUGUUUCAGCAUCUACAGUGCAGACUGCAGCUCUGGGAGGUAGU